CAAACGGAUAAAAAUGUCCACUACUCAUGUGCUUUCUCUUCCGUUGUCGUCCGGUUCGCCGACUUCGCGGGCUCGCCGGUCCGUUCUCCGGCCGGUUCGGUGCUCUUCAGAACGACAGGCUCUCUUUAACCGCAUUGCUCCUGUUUACGAUAACUUUGUAAUUUUUCAGCUGAAUGAUUUGUUGAGCUUGGGUCAGCACCGGAUAUGGAAAAGAAUGGCAGUUUCAUGGAGUGGAGCAAAAAUUGGAGACUGCGUGUUGGAUUUGUGUUGCGGAAGUGGAGAUUUGGCGUUUCUCUUGUCCGAGAAAGUUGGAUCCGACGGCAAUGUGACUGGUCUAGAUUUCUCGAAGGAGCAGUUGUCAAUUGCUGCAUCACGGCAGCAAUUGCUCUCCAAGAAAUGUUACAAGAAUAUUGAGUGGGUCGAAGGUGAUGCGCUUAACUUGCCAUUUCCUAAUGGUUACUUUGAUGCCAUCACUAUGGGGUAUGGGCUGCGAAAUGUAGUAGAUAAGCGUAAAGCGUUGCAAGAGAUCUAUAGAGUCCUCAAAGCGGACAUUCUUAAAUUUUCAGGUUCUAGAGUAUCCAUUCUCGAUUUCAAUAAGAGCUCCCAACCGGUUACUACUUUUAUUCAGGAUUGGAUGAUUGACAAUGUUGUUGUCCCAGUUGCAACUAGCUAUGGCCUUCAAGAGGAGUACAUAUAUUUGAAAAGCUCCAUCAGGGAAUUUUUAACAGGUAAGGAAUUGGAGAAUCUCGCCUUGGAAAUAGGUUUCUCUAAAGGGAGACAUUACGAGAUUGGUGGAGGCCUAAUGGGAAACUUAGUAGCCAUCCGUUAAGUUGAUGUUUUCAGUUGUAACUCUUUUUUGGAGGGAAAAACAUAUUAUAUUAUGCAAAGGAAGGAAAGACC